AUGUUCAUAUCUAUCUAUCUAUCUAUCUAUCUAUCUAUCUAUCUAUCUAUCUAUCUAUCUAUCCGAUUUUGUUCUAUCUCUCUAUAUAUCUAUCUAUUCGCGUUUGUUCUAUCUAUCUCUCUCUCUUUCUCUCUCUCUAUGUAUCUAUCUAUAUACUUAUCUAUCCGAAUCUUGUGUUCUAUCUCUCUAUCUUUCUAUAUAUUUAUCUAUCAGAGUUCGUUCUAUCAAUCACAAUAUAUCUAUCUACCCGAGUCUGUAAUCUAUCUAUCUAUCUAUCUAUCUAUCUAUCUAUCUAUCUAUCCGAGUCCGUUCUAUCUCUCUCUCUCUCUCUCUCUCUCUCUCUCUCUCUCUAUCUAUCUAUCUAUCUAUAAGGGUCCGUUCUAUCUCUCUCUCUCUCUCUAUCUAUCUAUCUAUCCGAGUCCGUUUCAUCUCUCUCUCUCUCUCUCUAUCUAUCUAUCUAUCUAUCUAUCUAUCUAUCUAUUUAUCUAUCCGAGUCCGUUCUAUCUAUCUAUCUAUCUAUCUAUCUAUCUAUCUAUCUAUCUAUCUAUCUAUCCGAUCCGUUCUAUCUCUCCCUCUCUUUCUCUAUCUAUCUAUCUAUCUAUCUAUCUAUCUAUCUAUCUAUCCACCGCGUGUCUCGCGACGAAGGCCAGCCAGAUGGUGGUAGACAAAAAGUCUGCGGAGGACGACUACAGCAAGAAGGCGGUCGGUAGAAGAAGGCGGGCGACACCAAAACUUUCGACUGCGCCGAGACGGUGA